AUGUCUUCUCUCACUGAAGAGCAAAAGAAGAAGUUUAAAGCUACAUUCAAACAUUACGAUAAAGACAAAGAUGGACAAAUCACGUUCGAAGAAUUAGGUCAAAUAUUGAGAGGAAUGGGAAGAAAUACUACAGACGUAGAAAUCUAUCAAAUGCAACAAAUCCAUGGAAGUGAUAAACUUGAUGAAGCAACAUACUUGGCACUACUCGCUCAAAAACUUCAAGAACCAGAUAGUGUUGAAGAAAUCCAAAAAGCAUUUGAUACAUUUUUUGGACCAGGGAAAACUACUAUUACUGUUGAUGAAUUUAAAGCAAUGAUGAUGGAAUUUGGAGAACGAGUUUCUGAAGAUGAAGCUGAUGAGUUAGUUAAAGAUAUAGGAUUAAAUAAAGAAGGGUGCAUUGAUGUUAAGAGAUUUAUUGAUCAUGUGUUUGAAAGCACAAUGACUGGACACAAGGGUUUCUCAUACAAAUUAAAACUUGGUAAGAAAAUUCACCAAAACAGAGGUGUCCCACAAUGGUUCAGAAUGAAAACUGGAAACACCAUUAACUAUAACUUCAAGAGAAGACAUUGGAACAGAAGAAAGAUGGGCAUGUAA